AUGAAGCAAACACAUCAGUGUGAACACGCUGUUUUUUGUCCCGCCCUCUGCUCUGUGCUCUGCUCCUGGAGCCCGGUCUCUGCAGCUCUUUCCUGGGCUUGGUCGAACGGAGUGUACGGACUGCAGUGCCCCUGGGUGGACCGAGCCAAACUUACGUUCACCGCUGUGGCUGCAACAUCACCAACAGGCGACAUAACAAGUGAAGCAGUCGACGGUCCUUCAGCCUCCGACGGUCCAGCGCCCCGCAGUGUGGAGCGUGGCUUUCAAAGGAAAAGAGGAGGAGCCUGCACUCGGCAUCAUCUGACGGAAGUGAGGCAGACAUCGCGGGAAAUCUUCGACUUGCUAACGGUUGAUGACAUCUAUGUCCAUGAAUCCUUCAACCUGAAGGGAGCGAUGGAAGUUGUUGUGACUGAGGAGAAAAAGAAAAUUUUCCGUGCCAGAAAAACUAUGAAGCUCAGUGAUCGUCAGCAACUUGAGACUCUGCAUAGCACUUUAAUGACAUCGUCUUCAAGUUCAUCCAACUCUCCUCCACUGCUCAUGAACGGUACUCACAAAGAGGAGGAACUAAAGCUGGAAGAGAAUCAACCAGAUGGAUUAGAAUCACUCCCUCCAAAUGCUACAAGUCCUUCGUCUCCAGCUCCGGGACUCUGCCUAAAUCUGUCGCCCUCCCCUGGCGCUUCAACAAGUCCAAAGGCACAGGAAGAUCAGCCUACGUCCCCGGGAUCACCAUUUCAUUCUUUAAACUCUGAACUAAAAAAGCUGGAGACAAAUGAUUCGGGCCCUUCAUUGCCAACUUUAAACUUGGACAUAGCAUCUGAAAACAAAUCUGAGCAACCACAGGAAGUCCACAAAGAGCUAGUCGCUGGAAAUGAAGCGGGACAAAAGGAGGUUGCAGAGGAUCAAGUAGCAUCUAAUUCCGUUCAGGAUUCUGAGUCCUUGCCUCUGCAGGUUGAUGAAAAAACGGAAAUUAAAAAUGAAAUAGACGUGAUGAAACAAACCCGCCCAUCUUCUACACCACCGUCAAAUACAGUUAAAGAGGAGAAAGUGUCAACAGGACUAAAACGGACACUUUCAGAAGGAUUUGAACCCAAGGGACCCUGUAUAAGCAGAGACUUCAAAAGGCCAAAGAUGGAUAGUGAAGAGUUUGAAGCAGAGCUUGAGCUCAAAAUCACUGCAAAAGCUGGGAAACACCAUAAACUUGAACAGAUUGUUCAAAAGAUUGUUGAGGAAAAACUGAGAGUGUUGGAGAUGUCCAUUUUUGAUCGAAAUCUUAAAGAUUUAAAGAACAGGGUUGACCAUAUCGACUGUACCACUAAACAUCACACAGCUAUUAAUACACUACAGGCCAAAUUAGCACGGCUGGCAAAAAAAUCUGGAGAGGCGAAUCAGGCUUCUGAAAAUAAAAGGAAACAGGAGGCACUUGCUGCUGCCGCUGCUGCCGCUGCUGUUGCCUCUGCUGCUGCGACUGCGAACACUACCCAGACUACAGUUCCUGUCACAAAGACGCUUUCCAGCAGUCCUCAGAUUCAAAGGUCUGUUCGUAAUCCAGUGGAGAUAAAACAGAUCCCAAAAAUUACGGUUCCACAAUCAACCAGCAUUCCUGCGCCAGCCACAACAACUGCUGCAAUCUCAACCCCAGUUCCCACAACCGCAACUUUGGUGUCUCAGUCCUCUAUUCUCCAACUGAUUGCCUCCACCUCUAAUGCAGUCUCUAACUUGCCAGCCAACAGCACAACGAGCACCACGAGCACGCUAGUGUUGAAGAACGGCAUGAUGGCGACGGGCCAGCCACUGCUCAUCCAGCUGCCUCUGUCCAUGGCGAAUGGUCAAGCAGGAACUCUUGUGAACAUUCCUGUGUCCUCUUUGAAUGCGGUCACGUCUUUAAACAAGUCAAAGACCACUGCACCCACUACAACUUUUAUUCUGAAAUCCGCUCCUUCAGCCGCCUCUGUGGCCUCCGCUUUAACUGGUGCUUCACUGCCCACUCUCCAAGCUCCCGUGUCUCAGGUGCCCACUUCCCAAAUCUCUCUUGCCCGAGCAGUGUACCAAGGCGGUGCUGGGGGAAUAACCACACCCCACUCAGGGGUAUCUGUGGCUUCAAUAAGGGCCCCGACACAGGUUGUCUCUGUCGCUGGAGCCAUGGCCUCAACUUCAUCACCUGUGACAUCUGUGCCAGCUGCUACUGGAUGUACUGCUCCUGGGCCGCCUCAAGGAACUUCACUAACCACCAAGACAGACAACCUAGCCCCUGGACCCUCUCCAUCCAAAGUGGCACCUUCUACAGCUCGACCAAAAGGCUCCGUCAUCGACCUUACUGAAGAAGAUGAUGAUGUUUUGGUCACAGGAGUAAAAAACGCCACAGUUCCAACACCCAAUGCUGUACGCCCCCAAAUAAGUACAGCCAGAUCAUCCCCCCAGACCAACCAAACAGCUACCAACAAUCCUCAACUUCCAACCCAUCAUCGCCCUCUACUGGACCCAAAAUCCAGAAAUUCCACUUCUACUCCUACUCGAGGCAACAGUGUUGCACUCCCUCCACUUCCGUCUGCCCCUGCACCAUCAUGCUUACCUCCAGAAGCAGAAAAGACCUCAGUCCCUCAACAACCUCAGCUAAAGCUCGUGCCAAGUCAGACUGGCAUUGUCCUUUCAUGGUGUGUAGCAGAAACUGAUUUGACCUGUGCAGCUGUGGACAGCUACCACCUUUAUGCCUUCCAUCAGGACAACUCUAAUAACAACCCGUCUCAACAGCACUGGAAAAAGAUUGGGGAGGUCAAGGCCCUUCCGCUGCCAAUGGCCUGCACCCUCACGCAGUUUCAAACUGGCUCAACUUAUCACUUUGCUGUCAGAGCGAAAGACGUAUAUGGGCGAUUUGGUGCUUUCUGUGAACCACAGUGCACUAAUGUUAUCAAUUCAAGCUCUAGUAGUUGA